UGAAUGCACCCAAGGUUGUUAUCACCAUGUUGAUAGUGUGCCAGGUGGGCUUUAUAUAGACCAGAGAGACGUGCAGAAGGGCAUUCUGGGCUCACGACAGGAGAUCGUCCUGACGCCAUACAGCGAGCCAGUCCUCUGAGCAUCAUGGCUUCCUCUCUCACCCUGGGUGUGUUCCUCCUCUCUGCCCUGGCCACCGUCCACUGCGGAACCGUCAAAGUCUGGGGCCUGAAAGGAUCGGGGCUCAAUGGAGACGCCGCGGGCAACCAGCCUGACUGCUACGUGAGGGUGUUUUGCGCAGGCAAGGAUGGCGGCCAGACCUACAUCAUCGACAACAAUCGUAACCCCUCCUGGAACAGCGUGUUCACCUUCAGUAAGGUGGCACAGUCAGGUGCUAUUCUGAAAUUAGAGGUGUGGGAUAAAGACCUCAAGUACAACGACCAUCUAGGCACCUGCUCCCAUUCCAUCAGCCCUGGAACCCACUGGGGGCAGUGUUCCAUGAAGAAGGGAAGUUUAUCCUACUCUUACAGCUUCGAGUAGCAGCUGUCAGGCCAUUGGAAGGUCUUCACAUCCUGUGUGUUUAUUGGAAUCAGGCUUUCAUGUUAAGAGCCCCUGUUUAGUCCUGGCUGAAUCCCUGCAUCACAUUGCCUGUUUACUGUGCCACCCUGGUCCCUACAUUACCAAUAAAGAUCUUCUGCUGCUACAGAA